AUGUCCAUUUCUGGGACUUUGAGCAACUAUUACGUGGACUCCAUCAUAAGCCACGAGAGCGAUGAACUCUCAACCCCGGCUCGCUUUCCCAGCGUCCAGUAUUCCGGCUCGAGCUCCGCUGCAGCCGCGGGCGGAAGGCAGCCCGGCGGCGCGGCGCACACGGAGCAUCCCCAUCCAGAGUCGUACCCAUCCUGCAGCUUCCAGCCGAAGCCUCCGGUCUUCUCGUCGCCCUGGAGCCCAUUCAGUCCGCACCACGGUGCCAGUGGCCUCCCUACGGUCUAUCACCCGUACAUCCCAGCCCAGCACGUUCCUGCCGCGGACACACGGUACCUACGCUCAUGGCUGGACUGCGCGCCGCGCGGCUCCGAGUCUGUCCCGGGGCAGGGCCAGACUGGGCAGGUCAAGCUGGAGCCGCAGCUCGGCCAUCUCGGUGGGGAGAUCUCACCCAAAGUCGGCGGACAGCACCAGCACGAGACCACCACGUACAUCUUGGAGUCGACAUCUACGGCUGCGCGCGAGCUAAGCCACCAUCCGGUCGCCAUCCCGGGGGCAGGGUUCGAAGAAAAUAAGGACAUUUGUGAAGGGAGUGAGGACAAAGACGGCCUGGAUCAAAAUGACCCCUCGGCCAACUGGCUACAUGCGCGCUCCUCCAGGAAGAAGCGGUGCCCUUACACCAAAUACCAGACGCUCGAGCUGGAGAAGGAAUUCCUGUUCAAUAUGUACCUCACGCGGGACCGGCGGCAUGAGGUGGCGCGCGCGCUUAACCUGACUGAGCGGCAGGUGAAGAUCUGGUUCCAGAACCGGAGGAUGAAAAUGAAGAAACAGAGCAAGGACCAACCCAAGGACUAG